CAUGACUCUAUGUGCUACCUUUUUUGACACCCGAUAGCCGAUGUAUAUUUGCUGGAGUGUCGAACAUUAAAACAUUAAUUCAUGCAUUCAUUAUGUUUGAGACGUGACAAUUUAUCGGACAUUUAUUGUAUAUAAAUUCGCCUGAAAUGAAAGUGAAAAGCCCAGUGUGUUUAAGAUGUGAUUGACGCCGUUUUGCUAUGUUUGAUCACAAUUACUUCCACCCGGUCCUGUGUACCCGUGUGUGUCUUGCCAUCUGUCAGCCCACUUGACAAACGUCACGUACCAUCGGUUUCAGACGACCAUAUUAGCACAAAGGUGAUGUCAAUUAACAACUUUCAUUGUUGGUUUUUAUGUUGGAAACACGGUAUCGGACAAAUGUUAAACUUAUUUUCUGUUAAAUUACAAACACUCGAGACAUUCAGUACGAUGAUGUUUCGCGCAACCUCUUUCUUCUUCUUUUGUUUUCUCUUUUUCUUUUUCUUUUUUUUUCCUGUUCUUUUCUUGUUUUUUUAAAGAAAAAAGAAAAGAUUUACCUUUUUUGUUCUAAACAUACACCACUCAGUUUUAUCAUGUUGUUUGUCCACUUGUUACUGCCUACGCAUGUGGAAUUAGGUAAUUUAAAUGUGGAACUCCGGUGUAUGUGCAUCACUGGGAAAAAGUCCUGGAACCAUUGCUACCGUUCAACAUGGCAGCCCUGUCUCUGUGUCUGAUGAGCCUGCUGGUGUCUGUGUGUCUGGUGUCCGGCGAGGAACAGACGACUGGACAGACAAGUGGACAGACGACGGAGACGGCGAAAGAGGCCCUGGAUGAGGCAGCGUUCCAGGCUACCAUGGGAAUCGCAGACUGCGAAAAAUCCGAGGAGUCGAGCCGUAAGAAGAGAUCGGCCUUUCUGCCCAACCUCGGCGCACGUUACAACAACCCGUACAGUGGAUACGGCGGGUACAACCCCUGGUCGUACCUGCCCCUUCCUGGCUUCACCCUGUACCCUGGUCUGAUUAGAACCUCCGCCUUCAACCUGCCCUCCCAGCGAUUCUUCAGCUCCUUCUCCUCCCCAGCACAGAUCGUCAGGACCGCCGGUCGAGGUGUCUCGCGCUACUAUUACAAAACCGGCACCUUUGAGCAUGCGUACAACGACUUCAUGGUACUUCCGCUCAUCAACCAACAGCUGGUGACGCAGGCGCAGACCCGCGUUGUUGAGACGGUGAAGACAACGUCCACAGUGCAGCCAGUGGUGUACCGCGCCGUGUCGACGUCGUUCCCCAGCUACACGUUCCAGCUGUGCAACAACUGCUGCCACAACGGCAGUCCGUGCAUCACCAGCCACCUGAGCGGCGACGUGUUCCCAGCCAGGAGUGUGAGCAGAUAUUACGUGUACCUCGCAUGAAGAAGACAAGACUCGCGCUGAACAAGAGUGAGCAACAUUUCACUAGAAUCAGUGAAUCGUAGUCCUUAGUGGAUAGUGGUCAUCAAGUCUCUGAAAUUGGACUUACUACCAUCAUUAUUCAUCAUUUCCUUGAAUUCAAAGUAACGAAAUAUUUUGAAACUGUUUUACAGAUUUGGGUCAAUAUACCUUUCAGAUAAAAAUAAUAAAUAUACAUUUGUUUUGUG